CAUCCCGGCUAAGAGGAGGUGGGGGAGGCCGACUCCUCGUUUCUUCGACCUCCUCCUCCUGCUGCUGCCGCUCUGCUUCCUCCUCCUGCUGCUCUUCCUCCUGCUGCUCCUUAACGACGCCGGCCAGCGAGGCUGCGUGCGUCGUGUUGGUCAGUGGCCGUCGCCUGGGCGUGCGGCAGGAGGCGGCGAGGAGGAGGAGGAGGCGCUGCUGCCGUGGGACGCGGUGGCGAUGCCGUGGGGAGGCCCAGGCGGUGCGGAGUGAUGAGGCACAGGCUACACGGCGAGUGUUGCUGGGGGGGAGCAGCUGAUUGAUGCUUAUGGCCAGGUGCUGGCUCUUCUCAUGGUGCCGGCUGCCGGCCUCGUGGCACUUCAGCUGCGCCGCGUGCGCCGCCGCCGCCGUUCCGCGAGCGCCACCGGGCGCCGCCACCGCCAUCUCCUCGUGCUGCCUGGGAGCGGGGGGGGCAGGCGGGGCGCCCCCCGCGCCACGCAGGCUGCUGGCGCUGCUGCUGGCGCUGGCCGCUUUGGUGCUGCUGUGCGGCCUCUACGUGCUGGGGGCGGCGCACUCGGCCGGCGCGCAGCGCACGGAGAGCCGUGCCCUUGAGAGGUUCCUGGAGCACAUGCUGCAGGCGGAGGCCACGGACACGCUGGACGCGGCGCUGUCGUACGGCGUGGUGGUGGACUGCGGUAGCAGCGGCACGCGUGUCUUCGUGUACGUGUGGCCGCCGCACAAUGGCAACCCGCACGACCUACUCGACAUCCGGCAGAUGCGAGACCGCAGUCGCAACCCCGUGGUGAAGAAGAUCAAGCCCGGGAUCUCCACGCUGGCUCCUAGCCCCGAGAAGGCGAGCGACUACAUCCGGCCGCUGCUCAGCUUUGCGGCGUCGCACAUCCCCCUGGGCAAGCACAGGGAGACGCCGCUCUACAUCCUGUGCACUGCCGGCAUGAGGUUGCUGCCCGACAGUCUGCAGGAGGCAAUCCUGGAGGACCUGCGCACCGACAUCCCGCUCGAGUUUGACUUCCUCUUCUCCGACUCGCACGUCGAGGUCAUCUCGGGCAAGCAGGAGGGUGUGUACGCGUGGAUUGGCAUCAACUUUGUUCUGGAUCGCUUCAAUCACGUGGAGGAAGAGGAGGAGGACGAGGGGGAGGAGGCGGUGGGACCCGGCGGGGGGGCCCCCCACGCGGGCGGGGGCAGGAAGCGCACCGUGGGGAUCCUGGACAUGGGCGGCGCGUCCACGCAGGUCGCGUACGAAGUUCCCAAGAGCGUAAGCUUCGGCAGCGGCACCGCACAGGAGGAGAUCGCGAAGUCGUCCCUGGCCGAGUUCAACCUGGGCUGCGACGAACACCACACGCAGCACAUCUACCGCGUGUUCGUCACCACCUUCCUGGGCUCGGGUGCCAACGCCGUGCGCCAGCGCUACGAGCAGGCGCUGCUCAACGCGACCGACGCCGCCGCGGCGCUGAACGGCGACAACGGAACCGCGCGCGCCUCCGCUGUGCGGGCGUCUCCGUCCGUGGCGCUCGUCCCCGCGGUGGGGGGCGCCCCGGCCCCCCCCCUCGUGGACGACCCCUGCCUCCCGGCGGAGGCGGCGGACACGGUGGAGCGGCGAGGGGGGGCCGGGGGGGGCACCCCCUCUCGCCGACUGCUCCUGCGUGGCGCCGGAGACUUUGAUGGGUGCCGGGCGGCCGUGCGGCCCUUCCUGACCGGUGCGUUGCGGCCGCCCCUGGACCUGCCGGCUCUUGCCGGCGCCGGGGAGUUCUACGGCUUCUCCGAGUUCUACUACUGCACCGAGGACGUGCUGAGAAUCGGCGGGGCCUACGACGCCCGCAGAUACGCCAAGGCCGCCGCGGAGUACUGUGCAACGCGCUGGGGCACGCUGGUGGAGCGCUUUGAGCGCAAACUCUACUCGCCGCACGCCGACACGCACCGCCUCAAGUACCAGUGCUUCAAGUCGGCGUGGGUUUACGAGAUGCUGCACUCCGGCCUGGGCUUCCCUGAGAGCUACGCUGGGCUCCGCACCGCGCAGCUAGUCUACGACAAGGAGGUGCAGUGGACGCUGGGAGCCAUCCUCUACCGCACACGCUUCUUACCACUCAGGGACAUGAACCAGCAGCAGGGAGUGGGGGAGGGGCCACGUGGGCCCCGCUCCCCAUGGCGCCGCUACUCCUCCUUCCUCUACAACCCCCACCUCUUCUCCGCCUGCUUCCUCGUCGUCGCUCUCGCCAUCUUGCUGUACCUCCUCCGUCUGCGUCGCAUCCACCGCCGCCUGGCGGCCAGCUCCCCUGCCUCGUCCGCCUCCUCUGCGCUACUGUGGAUGGAAGAGGGCGGUGCCCCCUGAGUAGGAGCGAGGGGGCUUCUCGGGGUGUCCAGCCCCUGGGGGUCGGGAGGUCGGAGUUGUGGCGGCAGGAAGGCGGCGGCGGUUGCGCCACGACGCUGGCCGGUGUUCGGGAUCGUAGAGAAUCGUUGGAGAUCGCCGUCGUGAGGACAUCGAAGCCCAUUCGCCGACGGCCGAUUGACGUUGACCACCGUGUGCGGUGCAGGACCCAGACCACUAUUCCCACGGACGGGCCCCCACAACCGACCCGGUCUAAUUAACUCCUCCCCUCAGAAUCUUGUAGCCAGGCAUCUGGCACCCGCUGCAGAGCUGGUGCAGUUGCACCGCCUGUGCACUCAUUAACAGCAACGUUGGAUGUACAUUCUAGUGGUGCUGUUGGGGCGGCGAGAGACGGCUGGAGAGAUCUAUAGAGAGAAAGCAAUCAUCCCAAUGCUUGGAAGUGCGCUGCUUGUAUAAUUUAUCACGGUGAUGUGUGUGUAUAUUUGCUAGCGUGAAAUGAAUGCUGCAGAGAAUUUCUGCACGUCUGGUUGUAGGUACCUCUCCCAUUGUGUGUGCGUGCGUAGCGGGUUAAUGCAUUGCGCUACUAUCCCGGCAACCCGAGUUCGCUCUCAGCUCGACGCCAACACCGGUGACAUCUUAAUCCAUCCUCUGCCUCCCCUAGGUCGACUCAGCCUCAAAUACAUAUCUGGUGCAGUGUGUAAACAGCAUUGGAGACAAAGGCGGCCAGGCAACUCAUUCCAGCACCAAGACAUUCAGUGUGCUGGCAACCCCGUAUAGCCUUAACAGACUGUCGGGGCAAGUGCUGCGAGCGAGUG